UGAUGAAUUGAAAAGAUGUAGCAUUUUGGAUUUAGUUUCUUGGAAAAGUAAACCCUAUUACUUCCAACAACAAAAAGAGUAUUUUCAUAUGAAACACACAGACACCUUCUCAGACAAACUCAAACAAGGGCCAUACUUUUUUAUGACUAUAGAAACCCACAAGAAACAAGUGUGGGAGGAAAAGAUUUUAGAUCACGUGGCCACCACGUCAUUCUCAGAAUAUGCUGGCUGGGUGUAGCCAAUAAAAAUACAACAACCUCUCCACUGAAACCUAAAUGACUUGCUCUGUUCGCCUAUAUCCACGCAACAUGCAUCAAUCUCAGAGAAUGAGACUUUAGAUCGCCUUGGCAGACUGAGUUACUGAAAAUAAACAGAAGACGCCAGCCGAAAGUGAAAAUGGCAAAUCAAACAGACUUUCUGCCCCAGACUGAGAUGAGCACCGACAUGCAACCCUUCAACACCACCUCAACAUCCAGCCCCUUCAACACCUCAGACUUCAUUGCCAAAAUCGCAGCCAACGACCUGACAUCCAGGGCCAACUACGUCUAUGCGCUCUGUGCUGUGCUGGGCUUGGCCUCGGCGUGCAUUCUACUCUACGCCUUAAUUCGGUCCUACAGAGCCCAGAGGUACCUGGCCUGGCUGGACUCCCUGCUCUGGGCCUUUUCCAGCUCCCAGCUCCUUCUCUUGCUCCUCUCCCUCUCUUCCGUAGCACACCGGCCCAGCUACCUGGUGACCACACACAUCGGCUGUGCUGCGCUCGCCUUCACCGUCAACAUGGCAUCCCUCUGCGGGCUGUUGCUCCUCGUGUUCAUGGGAUACGCACUGACCUUCGACACCCCAACUCACACCCUGCUGAAGAGGCCUGGGGUCUGUGUGGCUCUGGUGCUUCUGGUUUCUAUCCUGUGCUCCUUGGUGCUGGCCAGACUCAGAGGCCCCUCCAAGGAACUGCAUUUGGAGGGCAUAUGUAUUAUAGACCCAACUGAGGCAGGAAGGUCUUAUGCCAUGGCGAAGCUUUGUCUGGGGUGCCUAAUUCCCUACCUCCUCCUUCUGGGGCUCCUGACAGGCGGCUGCGUCCGCCAAUGGAAAUCCAGCAGCCGGUUCCUCUCCGGAUCAGAGGAAGGUCCGGUGUUCCUGGCAGUGGCUGUGGUGAUAUUUGUAUGUCAGCUAUUCCAUGGCAUUGUGCUGGUAAGGGGGGCAGGGAUGCAGCAGGCUGGUGAUUUCAGCUAUCGCGAGAGAGCAUUCAUGCACGUGUCCGAGUUUGUGAUGUUCUCUGGGAGUUGUGUGUGUCUAGUGUUAGUGCUCCUGCUGCAUAGGCCGUGCAGGGAAAGCCUUCUGGAGGUGACCAGGCAACUCCGCGACUGCUGCCGGGGCCUGGGGGGCCGACAGACCCACAGACACAUCAUGGCCCCCCAUAUUGAGAUCGCUGACACUCAGGACUAUAACCCUUAGGUCAAUAACCAUCUCAGACAUUCUGGAUUCAGGAAUAUUAUGCCUUUUUUAAGACCGUCAAAUCUAUCCUUAUAAACGUUGAUUCAUAUAUAUUAGAAGCUGACAGCAGAGAACUUAAAAGCAAGGAUACAAUCUGAAAGGUUAGUUGCUGAUCGUUUACAUUUAAUUUUGGCUUGAAUUUGAAGACUGUAAAUAGUGUUACUCAGACAGUUUUGUUUUCCAAUGUACUUUUUGUAACCUUUUCAAUGUAAUGAUUCUAAUCUUAUUUCAUGUAUGAUCAGCGUACUGUUACUUCACCAACCAACUGACUUUUGUUUAUGAAAACUUUUUUUCCCGGCAAAUCGAACGAUGUCUGUACAAUUCAUUGGUGACUUUUGCAAUAUGAUGAUAGUGAAAUUGCAAACGAAGAAGAGUAAAACAAAGUUGUGCAAUGACAAAUAAACCAUGAACAAUAA